AACACCAGAAACAGUCCCCCCUCUGAUAAAAAAAAGUCAGUUAUGUAGCUGGUCUGUGGCCGGUUAUCUCAUCCAUUUUUAUGCCUUUUCCAUUAAUGUUUUGAUUCAACAUGGCUUCUCUGAAAUCAGUUCUGGCUUAUUCCACCAGGCUGCUGUCGACACUAAAAACACAGACAAAUGUCAUUUACAUCAAGAGGACUUUCCUUCUGUCCAGACUGCCUCUCUUCAAACGUGCAGACGGGGGGUUCAUCAACUUAGCGAGACAGAACAGCUCCACAGCAGUCAAAGCAGAGAAAGGGGAAGACACUUUCCUCAAAUGGUUCCUGCUGCUCAUCCCUGCCACCACCUUUGGCCUUGGUACAUGGCAGGUGAAACGGCGUCAGUGGAAAAUGCAGCUGAUUGACGAGCUGUCAAAACUCACCACUGCAGAACCCAUCCCUCUUCCUCUUGAUCCUCAUGAGCUGAAUGAGCUAGAGUACAGAAGGGUGAGAGUGCGUGGACGGUACGACCAUUCACAGGAGCUGUAUAUUCUGCCCCGCUCACCUGUGGACCCAGAGAAAGAGGCCAGAGAGGCGGGGAGACUGUCCUCAAGUGGAGAGACCGGCGCUAAUGUCAUCACACCGUUCCACUGCACCGACCUCGGCAUCACAAUCCUGGUGAACAGAGGAUACGUUCCAAGGCAGAAGAUAAGACCAGAGACCAGGAUGAAAGGACAGGUGGAAGGUGAGGUGGAGGUGGUCGGGGUAGUCAGGCUGACAGAGCCUCGAAAGCCCUUUGUUCCACACAAUGAUGUGGAGAGGAACCGCUGGCAUUACAGAGACCUGGAGGCCAUGUCCCAUGCCACCGGAGCUGAGCCCAUAUUCAUUGAUGCCGACUUCAAGAGCACCAUUCCUGGUGGACCAAUAGGUGGACAGACCAGAGUCACACUGAGGAAUGAACACAUGCAGUACAUAGUUACAUGGUAUGGCUUGUGUGCAGCAACCUCCUACAUGUGGUAUGCCAAGUUCAUCAAGAAGAUUGUGUGAUAGGACUGAAUACAGUGAAAUUACACUUGUAUACUGCCUGAAAUGUUGCAUAGCAAGCCUCUGAUAUACUGGAUUUGUAUUCCAUCGGCUCCAGGCUUCUGUAUACAUUCACUGGCAAAUAUGUAAAUAGCUGUGGAUUGUUCUCCUGAAACGUGAGAAUAAAUUAAUAUAAAUUCA